GGCAGAGUUUCCUGCCAGAGAGGACACGUGGUUCCGUGUCUGUAUGUCAAUGUGAGGUUCUGGGUUUCCGCAUUAAUUUUCCAGCCAUUUGUUUCUGCCUCCGAUCCACUUUUAGCUCCCGGAUAACAUUUGAGAACGACAGAAAGAAGAUCGGUGUGCCGUGUCUCACGAGUGACGAGUACGGUUUUUAUCUCAAGCGCCAUGACGCUGGAAGCGAUCCGGUACCGGCCCGGGUCCCUGCAAAUUCUUAAUCAGCUGCUUCUCCCGCAGGAGACUGUGUACGACGAGAUCCGCUCGGUCCAGGACGGCUAUGAGGCGAUCAAGUCAAUGAAGGUGCGAGGCGCCCCCGCUAUUGCCAUCGUGGGGUGCCUGAGCCUUGCCGUGGAGCUGCAGGCCGGAGGUGGAGGGGAAGACCUGGUGUCCUUCAUCCGCGACUCCCUCAGCCACCUGACGUCCGCCCGCCCCACCGCGGUCAACAUGGGCCGAGCCGCCAGAGAGCUCAUGGAGUUCACAGAGAACGAGAGCAUGGACAAGUCGACCGAGCAGCUGAGAGAGAGUGUGAUUGGCUGGAUCGAGGAGAUGCUGGAGAGGGACGUCAAUGACAACAGGAAGAUCGGGAACUACGGGGCACAGCACAUCCUGUCCGGGGUCCCCCGGGAUUCAGUCACCAUCCUCACGCACUGCAACACGGGAUCCCUGGCCACCGCCGGCUACGGCACCGCCCUCGGGGUGGUACGCUCACUGCACGCGCUAGGCCGGCUGAAGCGUGUCUACUGCACCGAGACCCGGCCCUACAACCAGGGCGCCAGGCUGACGGCCUACGAGGCGGUGGCAGAGGGCUUCCCCGCCACCCUCAUCACUGACAGCAUGGCAGCCCUCACCAUGAGGGAGAGGGGCAUCACAGCGGUGGUGGUUGGGGCGGACAGAGUUGUUGCCAACGGAGACACCGCCAACAAAGUGGGAACCUACCAGCUGGCCAUUGCCGCAAAGCACCAUGGGAUACCCUUCUACGUGGCGGCCCCCAGCACAUCUUGUGACCUGAGCCUUGAGAGUGGGAGAGAUAUUGUGAUCGAAGAGCGCCCCCCUGAGGAGCUGACCAGUAUCAACGGCGUGCCAAUCGCUGCCCCAGGCAUUGAGGUGUGGAACCCAGCGUUCGAUGUCACCCCCCACCAGCUUAUCACUGGAGGGAUCAUCACUGAGCUGGGUGUCUUCCUGCCUUCUGAGCUGCAGGCUGCGCUGACUGGGCGCCUCACUGCACUUUAGGGACCCCCGCUGGCCGCCAUGUGCAACUGCACCUGGAUCCUUUACCAUAUUCACAGACACACUGUAACACAUAAUACUACCACAUACACAGUUAUACACAUACUGGAGUAUGCACCGUAAUCCUCACACACGUGUCCCAUGGUGCGCACAAACACACACACACACACACACACACACAUAAACACAGAAACACACAGGCACAUACAUACA